AUGGCAACCAGAACCGCCGUCGCAGCGACGCGGUCUUCCGCGCUGCAGCGGCUUCUCGCCCCAUUCGUGAACCCUAGUGCGCGGGCCGAGUGCCACCUUUCCGCGUUGUGCGUAAAGUCUUCGAUCCCCUUGGGCGCUUCCGCCGCCGGCGGGCAAAUCUCGCUUGCGCAAAUUCGCUUGUUUAACGCCGCAGCGGACGAUUCUGCAGAAGCAGGCAGCACGUCCGCUUCACCGUCUGAGGCAGCUUCGGACCCAAUAUCAGUGAGCGAAUUUGUUCGUGCGGUGGGGGGAGGGGUGGAGGCCAAUGCGGACAAGGUGGCUGCCGAAAUCUCGUCAUUGCCGCAACUGCUUUCAACCCGAUCAGGGCGGCUGAAAAAGAUUGGCUUGCCCUGUCAACAGAGAAAACGGCUUUUGAGCUAUUUGGAGAAGUACAAGCAAAGUGAAUGGGCGCCGUCAGCAUAG